AUGCGGCAGCGUUCUCUAUACGCGUCAAUGCGAUGCAUCGUGCACCCAAUGGGGCUGGAAGCUAACGAACGAGCUGUACUUGAAUUAUGUCUUCGAGAUGGCGGUGCUACUUUGUUAAAAGACAUUAACCCCGUCAAUGACAGCGCCAUGACACACAUUGUGUGUCAUCCCAAGGCCUACCAGACCUUUGUAGAGCAGCGGAACGAACGCUUUGUGGCUCUUGUGCGACCGGAAUGGGUCUUUCGCACGUUUUUACUGCAGUGCCUUCUACCUGUGGAUCGUUUUAGCCCCAACCCGGCGCUUAUCUUCUCGACGCUUGCAAUCUCGGCGGGAACAAUCGGAAAAGACCCGAGGAAGGUCAUUCACGGUCUCAUUACACACUUUGGUGGGCAAAUUGUGGAUAAGAAAGAAGUUUAUGGUGGUGCAACACACAUUUUGUAUCAAGAUGAGAAGGACAAAGACUCGUGGACGUCUGAAAUAGGAGAAAAACAAGAAGAAGACCAGAAACUACUGCAGCUUCACUUCUCCAAAAAAGAAUUAGAUCAAAGUGUAGAGGCGUGGUGCCACCAUCUGUCGACAAGAACGUCGACAGACUCGACGUAUUUGCUGCCAACUUGUGUUGUUGCCUAUAUGGGACAACAUGCUGGAUUGGCGACUCAGCAUCAUGUCAAGUACACGUGGAUUGAAGAGUGUGUCAUGCGUCAGAGUCACGUACUGGAAGGUCCAUUUUAUUUGAAAUCAACUAGAGCUACUAUUAUAAAGCCAAAUAAGACGACGCAACCAAACGUGCAGCUGGAAGAUCUGAAUCUCAGCAAAUGUGCACACGUGUACCAGCUUGGGAAGACAGCACUUGGCACAGAGCUUUCACUCGUUCGCAAGCUGUCAAACGACAAAUUGAAGGCGAUGAAGAAGACGUUGCAAGGCGCGAUUGUACUCAUUGCGCAGCAUAUAGCCCCACUGUUGCGAGAGAAAUUGUCAGAUAUGCUGAAGUCAGUAGAUGCCAAGGUGGCAAAUGUACCGUUCGGUGAUUCAUUCCAGGACAUUGUGGGCAAGGUGGUCAUGAAUGCGUCAUUUGUCGUAUGUCGGUAUCGUGGUGGAUUCGAGUACAAUGAAGCCAUGCGCCAAGGCAAAACGGUGGUUAGUAUCUAUUGGGUUCUUGCAGGGCUUUCACAAGUCAGCAAGCCAACUUCAUAUAAUGAGGCGAUUCAGCGGCCAGUCCGAUCAUUUGGAAGUAUCCCCGGAAUGCAGUCUUUCGUUAUUACAUUGUCCGGUUACUCGAGUCGGUCAAGCCCAACUCGCGAAGAGCUUCAGAUUGCUGUUCACGCCACCGGUGCAUGCUUGCUCCCGGUACUCUCGCGAAUGCAUUCGACGCACCUCCUGUGCUAUGAAGAUUCUGGAGAAAAGUACAAGAAGGCACUGAGCUGGAGAUUUGACAACGUUUUGAAUCACGAGUGGGUCUUUGCAUGCCUGUCAAAGUGGGAGCACGUCGCCGAAGAUACGUUCCGGUACAAUUCUAUCAAGGAGCAACCGGGAGACACCGAUAGUUCAAAGAAGAAUAACAGUGGAGAUAUCAAUCUUGACGAGAAAAUAGUAAGCAAAACGAAGCUGCCGACCACGCCAAGCACCAGAAGUGUAAGAAAGAAUAAGAAGGCUGGUCAGGGACGAUUUGACGUCGAUGAUGUUCUCACAGAGAUUGACAAAGUGCCUACUCCCAGUGACAAGAAGUUGCUAACAAACCAAAAGGCAACGACUCCGGCAGCAAUCACAAAUCCAUCAAAUAUGACCCCUGACCGUUCGAAAGACGUCGCUUGUACGCUGUUCGAUACACCGACAAACACAAGCGCUUCUCCAACGCACAAGCGGGAGUCUCGAAAGAAUGAACCUGAUGAAGCGUUCGCAGAUGUGGAAGAAGUGGAGAAAGAACCUGCUGUAAAGGCUACGAAACCUGAAGAUGAUGCUGUGAAGGAGCUACCAAGUGUCAUAGACAUCAGCAGCGAUAGCAAUGUGGAGACAGCGACAAUGAUACAUGCUAAGAAGUCAAGAACGAAGAAGCGCAAGGGUGCUGACUCGGUAGAACUGGACACCUCCAAAUUGAGCAAGAGCUCUUCAAAGAAACAAAAGAAGGACACUGCCGUAAUUUCAUCGUUAAAGAUGAAACGCGUGUUCCUUUUGUCCGGCGAUCGAGACCAGGCAACGUUGCACACCUCGAUCAUCUCUUCUUUGGGUGCAAGCGUCAGUAAGUUUGGUCGCGUGUUUGACAGCAACUGUACUCACAUUAUUUGCAGCGAACUCAAGCGAACAGAAAAGUUCAUUGCCGGAUGUGCGGCUGGCAAGUGGAUAUUGAAGCCAUCGUACCUGGAUGCCUGCGCUGCAGCAAAAAAAUUUGUCAAUGAGGCAGCGCACGAGUGGGGAAGCCACAAAUCGGACAACAAGGAUAUUGAUUCGAGAAUAUGGCCAGAAGUGUGCGAAUACUGGCGAAAGGAGCGCGCUGGAGGGCACCCUGGUGCCUUCGCUGGCUGGCGCUUUUUCAUCCACGCAAAAUGCACUCCCCCGCGAGAGAUGUGCGAACGUAUCGUACUCGCCGGUGGUGGUUCCGUGAUUCCGCUCACCAAGUCCGCAGACUUUGACAAUUUAGCGAAGGAGUCGACUCCCGAGACGCCCGUCGUGGCUUUAUUUCCACCGGAGGUGCCAACCCGAGAUCUGUGGCUGAAGAAGCUCAAGACACACAACAUUGAAUGUUUAAAGGCAAACUUCCUGAUUGACUACAUCACGAAGAAGCAAACACCUCGAGUCAAGCGAGCAAGCUACCAUCUCUAG